GGAUGUGACGUAGCGGAGUAGGCGGGCCAAGAUGGCGGCGCCCGGCAGUCUGUGAGGGACGACGGAGCCUAGCUGAGCCCGGCAAGUUGUCCGCAGCUUUUCGCAUUAUGACUGCCGGCUGUAACGCACGUUCCUCAUUAGCCUUGACAGGCCAGGUAGGAGCAUGUAUCUGUCACCUAAAAAGAAGAACCAUGCAGCAGACCCCUCAUAGACUUAUGCAUCUUUUAAGGAAUGUUAAUAAACAGUGGAUUACAUUUCAGCACCUUAAUUUCCUCAAACACAUGUAUGUCAUGCAGUUGAACAGAAACCUCAACCAGCAAGUAAAACCCAAGCCAGAGCCAAGGGCAUCUCUGUUCCUUGAGAAAACAUCUUCAAAUCAAGCCAAAACAGUUGUUCAUGAGAUCAGAUCAGUUUCACUUCCCAACUUACCUUUGUCUAAAAUUUCAAAUCAGAAGGAGUUGAAAGAAUUAGAAACGACAUCAAUAGUUGAAAGCUUAGGAAGAACGGGGACAGAGUCCAAAGAUGAAAAGCACUGGAAAGAGAUGAAACUACAACUGGAUGACUUACCAGGAAUUUUGGCCCGGCUGUCCAAAAUCAAACUUACAGCUUUAGUCGUAAGUACAACUUCAGCUGGAUUUGCAUUGGCUCCAGUACCUUUUGACUUACACUGCUUCCUGCUUGCCUCCGUUGGAACAGGCCUUGCAUCUUGUGCAGCUAACUCCAUUAAUCAGUUCUUUGAGGUUCCAUUUGAUUCAAAUAUGAACAGAACAAAGAACAGACCUCUGGUUCGAGGACAGAUCAGUCCUCUGGUAGCUGUAUCUUUUGCUACAUGCUGUGCUGUUCCAGGAAUUGCACUCCUAACUUGGGGAGUAAAUCCACUCACAGGAGUUCUGGGUGCUUUCAACAUUUUCCUGUACACCUGCUGCUAUACACCUAUGAAAAGGAUUAGCAUUGUCAACACAUGGGUGGGAGCCCUUGUUGGAGCCAUCCCACCAGUCAUGGGCUGGACUGCUGCUACUGGUAGCCUUGAUGCUGGAGCAUUACUACUGGGUGGAAUCCUCUACUCCUGGCAAUUUCCUCAUUUCAAUGCUCUAAGCUGGGGUCUUCGAGAAGAUUAUUCCCGGGGAGGAUACUGUAUGAUGUCUGUCACUCAUCCUGCCAUGUGUAAGCGAGUAGCCUUACGCCACUGCCUGGCUUUAAUUGCACUGUCAGUGAUGGCCCCCAUAUUGAAAGUCACCACAUGGACCUUUCCCAUCAUCUCUUUCCCAAUCAACUUGUACAUUUCUUACCUUGCUUUUCGGUUCUACAAGGAUUCAGACCGAAUCAGCUCUAGGAAACUAUUUUUCUGUAGCCUCUGGCAUUUACCAUUAGUCUUGCUCCUUAUGCUCACUUGUAAGCAAUCAUUUGUUGGGGAAAAUGACAAAUGGGAACUUAAAAGCUGAAAUCAAAUAACUUUUCUAGAUAAUAGAGCUAUGGAGUAACAUGCAUUUUUGCUACUAGCAUUUUUGCUGUCAGUCAAUAUUCAGUCAUCGACAGUGUACUACAGGCAUUAACUGUUUUUAGUAUGUUGAUAUUCUAAAAUAAUCUUCCAUACUUACAAAUGACGUUAUAGUAAUAUAUGUGUGUAUGUGUAUAUAUGUUUAUCUAUACAUAUAUCCUGAAAUAUAGGCAACUGACAUAUACAUGGUAUAUACACAUAUAUUUUUGUAGAUAUUGAUCAAAAAAAUUCCCUUAGGGGGAAUUGGUCAGCUUAAAGAAUUAAUAUUCUUAAAAAAAUCUUUCUUUUGCCUGGUGCAACAGAAUACCCUUUGGUAAUAAUAAAAGGUGAUAGAUCUCUCUUUCCCCAUCCGUUUUACAUUUCCGUCUCUAAAAAAACAUAUAUCGGUUCUCCCUUUCCCCUUCCAGCCCAUUUUGUCUUCUUUUUUUCCUUUUUUCUUAAAACUGACAAUACCAACCUGGCUGAUGAAUGGUGAGCACUAGUAAUCUAAUACCUCUAGUUUGUUUUUCAGGCUCUAAAUGGCUGACAGAUACAGGUAACUUUCCCCUAUGGCACAGAAGAAAUUCAGCCCCCUCUUUGUCUUGUGAAUAAACCAAAGGCAUUACUCUUUAAUUGUUCCCUGUUUUAUAAAAACCAUAUCCCUUUAAACAUUAAUGGAAAAAAAUGGAUGAGUUGAUUUACAACAUACAGAGCUAAUCCAAAGUGGUUUUUCUUGGUCAUUUCACAUAAGGUUGCCUCCCCACUCCCCAAAGCCCCCAAAAUGCACAUCAGCAUUUUGGAAACUCGAUUGAAGACAGAAGGAUAAGAUAAUACCUUUGAAAAUGCAGAAGCUGUUUUCCAUGGCAGUUCUUGAGGGAGAUCUUGCUCUAGACUUUCAGGGUAAAAAAUCCCUCAGCCUUUGAUCUUAUCCAAGUAAAGGUUUGCUUAUUACAGAUUAUCAGUCCUACUCUGUGGGAAAAUUCUUCCAUAUUAUUGUAAAAAUAUUUGAUUAUUAGAGAGAAACUAGGCUACCAAACCCUUUUAAGUUCCCAUGUUUACACACAUGCACACACGUAUGUGUGUAUCUAUUAAUGGUAGGUCUGUGAGUUAAGUACAUAUAACCCCUUGUCUUACUGAGCCCAAGUAUUUAUUGAUUGCCCUUAUUUCAGUAUGCCCAUUUAACAUACUAUUUCAGGUCUGCUAUAAAGUCCUAAGUUAUAGAAAUCUGGACCCCAGCAUGGUGGUACAUGCCUGUAAUUCCUAUCACUUGGGGAUGCUGAAACUGGUGGAUCUUUUGAGUUCCGAAGUUCUGAACUACAGUAGGAUUGGUCAGCACCAAUCUGGUGAGCCCUUUGUAGGGGGAAGACCAUUAGACUGCCCAAGAAAGAGGAAACAGAACACAAUCCAAAAGUUAAAAAAAACAAAACCCAGCAACAGCAAGUUAAAACUUCCAUACCAGGUAGUGUCAGGAUCAGGCCCGUAAAUGUUUACUACAUUUCCAGACGUAGUGAGACCCAGUCUCAAAAACAAAACAAGACAAGAAAAUGUAGGAUAUUUUAAUUAUUUAGUCUCUAGUGUCAUUGACACCCAAAGGAAUACAUUUUGGAGGCUUCAGUAUCAUUUAAACAAUCAUUGUAAAUAUGCCCAUUUUCUCAGAAUUUUCUGAAAUGGUUACAAAUAACAUCUGAUCCCUGUUAAUACUUACCUGAAAUAUUACUUCUCAGCUGUACUUGGGCUAUUUACAGGGAAGAACAUAAACAUGGGGAUUUCUGGAAAGAAAAUCUACAACUUGUUGCAGCUUUAAAAUAUGUAAAAGAAAUUGAUUUUAUUUCUCUUCUGCAAUAAAAUAGUACAUAAGAAUGA